AUGCACUCGAGGCCGCGCCUACAUGGCCCUGCAAGACACACCCGAGGGGGGUUUUGCGCCCAAGUUUUAUGGAUCCUGGACUUUCCCGCUCGAGACAGAUCACCCAGAGAAACCCGUCCGCUGGGUCCGCAUGAUCCUCUUAGAGCGUUGGGAAGGAGAAGUCAUGCAAGAAUGCUAUCGCGAGGGGAGCUAGCAGACGAACCAGUUCGUCUCGCCGUUCUCAAGCAGCUUCUGGAAGCUGUCACCAAGCUCGAUUGGUAUUCAAAGAUUCGUAGCAUGGGCAACGGCGCUAUGUUUUCUCCGGGGAAUAUUUUUGUUAACAGCAAGAACGGGAGUAUGAAGUUAAUCAGCUUUAGGGAUGUCGAGUUAUUGGGCUACUUCGAGGGAUUUGAAGAGUCAGACGACGACGAUGACCCUGGCCCAUAUUGGAUUCCGAAGGCUUGGGCUGAGAAGCCGCAAUCGGCAGCCAGGUGGCUGAUCGACACGUUUGUCGAUUCCUCCGACUAUAGGCGGCCAACCAACCAUUACCGUUUUUAG